CAUAAUUAACGUGCGUAUUUAAUCAUUAUCAGAUUAUUUUUCAAAGGUCGUUCUUUCUGGUUAUCAGUUAACUGUUAGUAAAAUUUUUUCUUUUAGUAAAAUUUUCAAUUAAUUAAUAAAAAUAUUAAUCAUGUCUUCUAAUACAGAUUCUAAACCAGACACGAUUUUCGGUUAUGAAAAACAAGUACAUACUGGCCGAAACUCAAUUGAGAAUUUUACUGAGACUUUAAAAGGCAUAUUUUUUGGACCUGCAAUUUGGGUUAAAGGUAAUACUGCUAGACUGACACCUAUUAUAAAAUUAAUUUUGUUUUUAUAUCAUCUUCACUAUUCAUAGAAACUAUUGUGAAGCCUAAUCAAAAAGAUUACAACUACUACCAUGAACAAUUAAGAAGAGUACCUACAGUUGAUCAAUGUUACGAUGACGAUAGAUUGUGUAAAUGGGAAUCAAAUGAACAACUAAUUAGGGAUAAGUAUGUAGUUUAAUGCGCUUGAAAGUUACAGAUAAAUAACACUGAUAUAUUUAAUACAAUUCUGUAUAAUGAAAAAUAAAAUAAUAAUUUUUGAAUUAUAGUACUGUUUUAAUUUUCUUUUGUAUAUGAAAUUAAUCUUAUACUAUUUUAAUUUAAAUUUCAGUUAUAAUUAUAUAUUUUAUUUUAAAUUAAAAUAAAUUAAUGUUUAUUUUAAUUUAAUUAGAUAGUCAAUUAACUUCAUAACUAUUAAUAUUGUACCAAAGAAGAAUGUGUACAAGAAUAUUAUAGCACUGGAAGUUCUAUUUUUUUCUAACCCUGGCAAAUAUAAUAUAUAUAUUUAUUAGGGUGACCUAUUUAUUCAACACAAUUUUUUUAAGAUAGUAACCCCUAAUUUUUAAAAAUACAUGAAGGUUAUUCAAUUUUAAUUAACUGAAAAAAAAAAAUCAAUUUCACUUUAAAUAAAUACAAGGUUUUGAUACUUUGUCAUUUUUCUUAAAAAUAAUGGGCUAGCAUUAAUUUUUGUGAAAUUCUCUUUUAUAGACAAUAUUAAAAUAUACCAAGUUUUUACAUUAUUACGCUAAGUGCAAUAGUUCUUGAAUCAAAUAAUAUAAUAAGAAAACUACCUUCUUUCUAUAUUUUAGCUCUAAUGUGGUACCAGAAAGGGUUGAGCGAGACCUUCCAAAUUUUACCAAAAUUACUUAUGUAACUUAAUAAAUUAAGAAGGUACUCUGUUAACUUCAAAAUAAUAUAUUCAACCUAUAUAAAUAACGACCACUCUAAUAUUUAAUAUAAAUAUAUUUAUGAGUCUGUGUGUUCAAAUUGUCAAAAACUUAUAUUAUUCACUUUAUAUAUGUAUCUUAUAUUGAUAAAAAAGAUUUAAAUUAUCAAAUAUUUUUUAUAGACUUGUAGACAGCAAUAUUCUAUCAAUCUUAAGACAACGGUAUGAAGAUUGUCGUAUUUAUGAAGGACCAGAUGGUAUGAGGAAAUGUAAACCUUUGUAUGACAUAUAUGAAAAAGCAGAAGAAAAUUUCACAAUCAAAUGUUAGUAAAUAUUAUAAAUUAGAUUAAAUAGAUAUUAUUUAAAGAAAACAAAUUAAAUAUGGAAUUUAUUUUUCAGAUGGUGAUUUGGGUGUAGCUGUUACUGCGGAGAGGUGUUAUGCUAAACAACUGAAUCGUAUGUUGUGGGAAAGACGUCAUGGACCUGUUGGAACUGGCAUGAAACGCGAUGAUGGCUUUUAAUUGAUUUUAUUAUUUUUACACAUAGUAAUACUGUUGUGUAUACAAAUAGCAAAUAAAAUAAGUCAAAGAUUUAGUAGUGAAUCAAAAACUUUUUUUUAUUCUUAAAUAUUAUUUUUAAUAUUUUUUCCUUAAGAAUACUUAUGCUGUAUAAAAUGUUAUAGUUAAUUAUUUAGCAUGUCCAAAUACAUGUAUUGUGCUUUAGUUUCUAAUUUUGUAAGUUCAUUUAAUGUACAUAACAGCUGAUCAUAGUGAUUUUUAGAAGUAGGGCCAAUCUUCUCCUUUUUUUGACCAUACACUACUUUUCCAUCAAAUUCAUUCAUAGGAAUAUCUAUAUCUGAUCCAACUUGUUGUAUAGUGAUAUUCAAGUGAUCUUCAAUAUCAGCCAAAUAUUGAGGCUCAUUAUACCAUAUACAACAGCCUCCAUUAGUUGUUAAUUUAGUAUUUGAACAUGAUUUCCCACCUGAAGAACACCAUUGACCAUGAUACCAAACUUUUUCUGGAACAGAUGCAACAAAUGAAAUAGCUAAACCCAUUUGUUCGGCUCGACCCACCCGGCCAAUUCUGUGUACAUAAUUAGUUUUAUCAUCAGAUAAAGUCAUAUUAAUCAUAAAUGGUAAACCAUUGACAUCGAUACCACGGGCAGCCACAUCAGUACAAAUUAAAAACUUAAUAGUACCAUUUUUAAACUUUUCUAAAUUCAUUCUACGGUCGUUGACAUUUCGUGAACCAUGAAGUGUACAACAAGAAUACAAAGAACCAAGCUGUUUAAAAUAUUGUUCUAAAUUGUCACAAUCAACUUUAGUGCGGCAAAAUAUAAUAGCUUUAUCCAUUUUAUGUUUAUUAAUGGCUCUAACACAAUAUUCACCUUUUAAUAUUUUAAUUCCUUGUGACAAAGCUUCUGGUGUGUUCAAUGCUGUUAUAUUAUCUCUAUUAUGUACACCAUCAGUGGGAAUGGGAUUUUUCAAAGAAGUCCAUGAUUUGUCUUUUUGAGAAUCCACAGGAAUUACUACAUGAUGUACAGUCUCUGGAACAACAUCUUCACCUUUAAGAUCCACCCAAGUUGGAAAGUUCAUGAGAGAUGUUGCCAAUUUUUUUACUUCAAAAUUGUGAAGUGUUGCAGAGCAAACAAUCAUUUGUAACCUUUUACCAUCAUUUGAAACUUUUGGCAUUUGUCUGUGUAAAUUGUAUAUGAAUUUAGUAUAAUUUUGUUUCAAUAAACCAUCAGCUUCAUCCAAUACAUAGAAUCUACACUGAGAUAAAGAUACAUGGCCCCCAGAUAUAAGAUCUUCUAAGCGGCCUGGUGUAGCAACUAUAAUAUCAACCCCCGAAGAUAUAGCAGCAAUUUGAUCUUUAACACUAUAACCACCAACUACUAGCAUAUCCAUAACUUGAGGUUCUUUUAAAUACGUUUUAAAUUUUUUAAUCUCAUUAAAAGUUUGUUCUGCCAAUUCUCUAGAAGGUUCAAUGAUUAUUGCAUAUGGUGCAUUAUUUGUUUUUUUUGUAUUUGAAUCUAUUUUUGAAGCUUUAAUAUGAGUGAUUUCAAUGAGAUUAGUAGAUGCCGUACAUACAGCAACAAAUUCUUUAGGAACACAAUGUUUGAAUGGUGAGUCUCCAAAAUUAAAUGACAUUUCACCAUUUUUCAAAACUACAGCUGGAUAAAAUGCAGAAGUUUUUAAAUUUGGUGGUAUUUUGAAUGCAUCACCAAGAUAUGUACCAUUUUUGCUGAACCCAAUAACGCUGUUAUCUAAAUCUAACCAACAACCAAUAGUAUCAGAUAAUCCAAAACUAUCACCAUAAGAAUCAAAUUGUUUAUUAUUUGACUUUUUUCCUGUUGCACCAUAACCAAAUCCAAGUUUAUCGGUUCCUAAAUCUAAUGAAGCAUUAGAUGUAGACCAACCAACACGACACAAACCUUCAUCUGUGGCGGUUGCUUCAAAAUAAUAUUUUCCAGAAUUUUUUAGACCUUUUGUAGCUCUACAUCCAUGCCAAUCUUUUGGUUCUCUUGAUUGACAUUUUUUUCCAUCAGGUGUCACAGCUAUAGCAGAUGAACGAUCCCACAAACUUAAAGCCCAAGGAUCAGAUACGCUAGAAGUUUUAAUUGAAACAUUUGAAAUGCUACUUUUUUUAUCCAAGUUGGCCUGCUUAAUUGUUUCCCAGACAAUCUGAAUUACUGGCAAACAAAAUGCUCCCGUUUUUCCACUUCCUGUUUCCGCAGCCAUUAAAACGUCACCACCACCAAGUAUUAAAGGUAUUGCUUCUGCUUGAACAUCUGUUGGUAACAACCAGUCCAUUUCUUCAAUAGCUUUACUGAUUUCUGGUAAAACACCCAUUUCUUCAAAUGCUGCCAUUCCUAAUGAAA